CUUUCUGCAGGUACUCGACAACCGCAGUGUGAUCACACAUCCAAACAGUUGUUUUGCAACUGAAACGACCGUUUCUAUUGGACAAAUUCAGGUAGAUCACUCCCCGUGUCGUUACGUUUGCUUCCGUUUAAGAAACGUUUUGCAACCCAAUCGACGUAAUGAACACUCCUCAGAUAUCCGCGGAAAGGGCCGUUCGCGAUUAUUCCUGGAAGAUACUAAAAGUACGACUUGCUACAAAGGAAAUACUCUGAGUUCAUAUUGAUUGUAUUGAAAUUGGUUUCCUGAACUGUACUCUUUCGGUUGCAGUUUUUUAAAAUAAAUAUAAAUAUAUAUAUUUGCUCGUUUUGUGAAUCACCUGUGUUCGCGGAGGCCGCAGGACUCCGUUGAGGACAAAAGGCCUACCUACACCUCCCUCCCCUUGGAAUUUACCUGAGGACGAGCUGAAAUCAGGAACCGACUGAUUUAUCUGUCGACAGCCACUAUGGACUACAUGGACACCGGGAUGAGAUACACCCCAAACAAGGGCCCGGACAGGGACUGGGACCAGGAUGUGACCUUCCUCCCAGCAUCUGACAGUAAGAAGUUAGAGAAGAAGAAAGGACCAGGGAGAAUCGGGGCUGUGAUCGGCAUCGUUAUCUUCGCUGCUGUCAUCGCCCUUAUGACCGGCCUACUGGUCUGGCACUUCCACUAUCGGAAGGAUACGCGUAUCAAGAAGAUGUACAGUGGCUCUAUGAAGAUCACUAACCAGGUGUUUGUGGACACCUAUGAAAACUCCAACAGCACAGAGUUCAGAGUGCUGGCCGACCAGGUCGCUAAACAGCUGAAAACACUCUACCACAAGAUGCCCCAGCUGGCCAAGUACUAUGUUGGCUCUACCGUACAAGCCUUCAGUGAAGGCAGUGUGAUAGCCUACUACCUGUCAGAGUUUGAAGUACCGCGUGGUCAGGAAGCAGCGGUGGACAAGGCCAUGUCCUCCAUGGACAAGGUAGUGGAUAAGGUGCAGAGGAGCAUGUCGAGCAACAGACCUGGCAACGAUCUGUUGUUUGAGGAUGUCAUGAACUCUGCUCUGGACUCUAGAAUGUUCUCAACAUCCUUCAGUGAAUACUACAGGUACGCAGAACACACCAGAGUGAAUAAGAUCGUUCCAAUCACGUCGCCUGGUUUCCCCAAUACUCCGUACCCUCCCAACACCUUCAUCCAAUGGCAGCUGAGAGCCGACCCUGGUCACGUGCUCAAACUGGACUUUGAUACCUUCAACCUAGAGGAGGACUGUCAUAACGACUUUGUUAAGGUCUACGACUCCCUGGUGGCCAUCGAGACCCACGCCAUGGAAGAGAUUUGUGGCUACCACUCUCCCAGCUCCCCCCUGACCUUCCAGUCCUCCCGGAACGUGAUGCUGGUAACCAUGGUUACUAACAACGAAAAUAACUACCCAGGACUCAGAGCCAAAGUCUCUCAGGUCCCCCGGAACAGCAAAGAGCUGGCAUGUGGUGGCCAGCUGUUAGGAGAGACGGGGAAUUUCACAUCCCCAAACUACCCCAACUACUAUGCUCCCAACACCAAAUGUGAAUGGAAUAUACAGGUCCCUGCUGGUAAGUCAGUGAAGGUCAAGUUCAGUACCUUUCUGUUAUCAGAGCUGGGUCAGGAGAACACGAAGGACUGUAACAAGGACUAUGUAGAGAUCAACAACAAGAGGUAUUGUGGAGAACCUUCAACCAGUCCUGUAGUAACCAGCGACACCAACACCAUGAAGGUAGUCUUUAACUCUGACGCCUCGUAUGUGGACAGAGGAUUCAGCGCCAAGUACGAGACCUUCGUAUCCACGGACCCCUGUCCCAACAAGUUUCAGUGCAACAACCAGCGUUGUGUCAAGACAGAUCUGAAGUGUGACGGCUGGAACGACUGUGGAGAUAUGAGCGACGAGAUGAACUGCAAGUGUGAUUCCACUCAGAUCAGCUGUAAGAACGGCCUGUGUAAACCCCUGUUCUGGGAAUGUGAUGGAGUGAACGACUGUGGUGAUGACACCGACGAGCAGAACUGUGGUGCUUGUAAGGUGGGGGAGCUGACGUGUCAAAACGGAAAGUGUGUGUCGGAGAAGAAACGCUGUGACGGGAAGGACGACUGUGGAGACGGGUCAGACGAGAGCGACUGUGGACGAAUUAUGGAUAAUGUGCAGUGUACUGACUCCACCUAUAAAUGUGAGAACAACAAGUGUACAAUCAAGGAGAACCCUGAGUGUGAUGGAACACCUGACUGUGAGGACAAAUCAGAUGAGGCCAAUUCAGAUUGUGGUCGGAGCCUGUUUAAAACUAGCCGUAUCGUGGGUGGUCAGGACGCAGAGGAAGGGGAGUUUCCGUGGCAGGUCAGCCUCCACAUUAAGAACGCUGGUCACGUGUGUGGUGCUUCCGUCAUCAGCCAACGCUGGCUGGUUACUGCUGCUCACUGUGUACAGGAUGACGCCAAGACCAGGUAUUCCCAGCCGGGUGUAUGGGAGGCAUACCUAGGCCUUCACAUCCAGAAGCAGAACGGUAAGAACGUUCAGAAGAGGAAUCUACGUCAGGUGAUCUCCCACCCGUAUUACAAUGCCUACACCUUCGACAACGACAUCGCUCUGAUGGAGCUAGACAGCCCUGUGACGUUCUCUGAUUACAUCAGACCCAUCUGUCUGCCCUCCCCACAACACACCUUCCCCCCUGGGAACUCUGUCUGGAUCACAGGUUGGGGAGCCACACGAGAGGGAGGCUCUGGUGCGUCCAUCCUGCAGAAGGCCCAGGUCCGUAUCAUCAACAGUACUGUGUGUAACCGUCUGAUGGGAGGACAGAUCACCUCCAGGAUGACGUGUGCUGGAGUGCUGACUGGAGGAGUGGACGCAUGCCAGGGGGAUUCUGGCGGGCCUCUGUCCAGUCCUGGUACUAGUCGUAUGUUCCUGGCUGGAGUGGUGAGUUGGGGCGACGGCUGUGCCCGUAGGGACAAGCCUGGAAUCUAUAGCACCGUCACCAAGUUCAGGGGCUGGAUCAAGGAGAAGACUGGCGUGUAACAGCAAAACGACUAGGAAUGACGUGGACUUCCGACGAUGAACACACCAGUAUACUGUACAGAUUCCUGGUUCGCCGGGAGUGAUGAACUAUUUUACACGUUUUGAUCUCAGGCCUCAAAAUGCACUCCCCUUUCAUAUCGAUGGACUAUGUAUCGUUGGUUGGUUUUCUCUGUCGAAAAGGCAGAUGCCUUAAUGUCUAAAUGUUUAUUUUAGUGAGGAGGAAUAAGU